AUCCAUUGAGGAGCUGCCUCGCGCUGGGGGUGUGCGAGGGUAGAGUCCUGGGGACAGUGAGCAAAUCGACUCUUGGAUAAUCCGCUGGGGAAAGACGCUCCGGUAGAUUUGAGGUACAGCCUCAGAGGGAGGGAUUAGCAGCCGUUUGACUCCCCCCCCUUCCCUUUUCUGCUUUCGUAGCGCGGAGUCCGAAUUAAUUGGAUUUCAUUCACCGGGGAGGAACAAAACUGGGCAGCUUCAUUCAGAGGUUCACUGACACCGAGCGCCAGCAGCUGCGGCUGGGUGCAGAGCGAACCGCCGGCUUGACUUCUGAAUCGCCGUCUCCGACCACUAACCUCGGUCUGGAAAAGACGAAGCGAGAUUAAAAUCCGCUCCAAGAGCGGCGGCUUCGCGCGGCGCGCUCGGCCUAUGCCUGCCCCCAGGGGCAACUGCUAGGCACCCCGCCUUCUCCUGCAGCUCGACCCCCAUGAUAGAUACGCUCAGACCCGCGCCCUUCGCGUCGGAAAUGGCGAUCAGCAAGACGGUGGCGUGGCUCAACGAGCAGCUGGAGCUGGGCAACGAGCGGCUGCUGCUGAUGGACUGCCGGCCGCAGGAACUGUACGAGUCGUCGCACAUCGAGUCGGCCAUCAACGUGGCCAUCCCGGGCAUCAUGCUGCGGCGCUUGCAGAAGGGCAACCUGUCGGUGCGCGCGCUCUUCACGCGCAGCGAGGACCGGGACCGCUUCACCCGCCGUUGCGGCACCGACACGGUGGUGCUUUACGACGAGAGCAGCAGCGACUGGAACGAGAACACGGGCGGCGAGUCGGUGCUCGGGCUCCUUCUCAAGAAACUCAAGGACGAGGGCUGCCGGGCGUUCUACCUGGAAGGUGGCUUCAGUAAGUUCCAAGCCGAGUUCGCUCUGCACUGCGAGACCAAUCUGGACGGCUCGUGUAGCAGCAGUUCGCCGCCGUUGCCGGUGCUGGGGCUCGGGGGCCUGCGGAUUAGCUCCGACUCCUCCUCGGACAUUGAAUCUGACCUCGAUCGAGACCCCAAUAGUGCCACGGACUCGGAUGGCAGCCCACUGUCCAACAGCCAGCCCUCCUUCCCCGUGGAGAUACUGCCUUUCCUCUACUUGGGCUGUGCCAAGGACUCCACCAACUUGGAUGUGUUGGAGGAGUUUGGCAUCAAGUACAUUCUGAAUGUCACCCCCAAUUUGCCCAAUCUCUUUGAGAACGCAGGAGAGUUUAAAUACAAGCAAAUCCCCAUCUCGGAUCACUGGAGCCAGAACUUGUCCCAGUUUUUUCCUGAGGCCAUUUCUUUCAUAGAUGAAGCCCGGGGCAAAAACUGUGGUGUGUUGGUACAUUGCCUAGCUGGCAUCAGCCGCUCCGUCACCGUGACUGUGGCUUACCUGAUGCAGAAGCUCAACCUGUCCAUGAAUGAUGCCUAUGACAUUGUCAAGAUGAAGAAAUCCAACAUCUCCCCUAACUUCAACUUCAUGGGCCAGCUGCUGGACUUUGAGCGGACACUAGGCCUUAGCAGUCCCUGUGACAACCGGGUGCCAGCGCAGCAACUCUAUUUUACCACCCCCUCCAACCAGAAUGUCUACCAGGUGGACUCACUGCAAUCCACGUGAAACACCCUGGGCCCUUUGUUGCUGAGAUGCGUGUUUCUUCAGCAGUUUCUCCAGCAGCCGGGCUGCCUCCUUUGUGUGUGGCCCCAGGUGUCCAGAUGACACCAGAUGUCCGCAUCAGACGAGGUUACCGAGUGUGGAAUUGGUUAUUGCAAAGGGAAAGGUUUGCUCCGUUCUCUUUGGAUGAACAGGACCCACUGUAUUGGUACAGGCAGUGGGUCUGCUCCACGCCCAUGUGUACACACUACCCAUGCAGGGACUGGAAUGCGAGGACGUCCAGGUACAUAGGGUAGGACCAAAUGGUGUAGGGUUGGAGCAUGUAUUCUUUAAGACCUCGUCUGGCUGUUUCCUUUUGCAUCUGGACCCAAAUCUAUAUUGUCUUCAGUGAAGACUGACUCAACUUUGCAUAUAGAGGAGCCAAAGAGAUUCAGCUCUGUGUUUGUGGUAUAUAAGUUGGGGGGGAAGGGGAGGAGUAUUCAGAUACUCCAUUUGAUUCUUGUAAAUAUUUGAUCUUAAAUCAGUUGACGGUGUUUGGAUCGUGUUAAACACAUUAUUUUAAUUGAUGGGUUUAAGACAUCAUCCAAAGGGAGAAAGAGCAGUGUGCCACUUCUUAGAACAACAACAAAAUAAAAUGGAAGAUUUUGCUCUUUUCUAAUCCAAAGGGUCUAUUUGUAGCAUGCUUGACUUUACCCAACCAAUUCUGAUGACAUUUUAGUGGACAGUUACCAUGAAGACUUUGUUAUGGUGCAGUCUUCAGUCUUUCUCAUAUAUCAUUCUUGUGAUUUUUUUUUUUUUUGGUCUUAAUAUAGUUGACUAUGCCUUACCUUUGUAAAUAUUUUGGCUUGUGUUGUCUCAAAGGGGAUAUCUUCGAAAGACACCAAAAUCAUGGGCUUUUUUUUUCCUGUUUUUAAAGAGCGUCAGCUGUGCUAAACAGUAUAUUACCUCUGUACAAAAUUCUUCAGGGAGUGACACCUCAAAUGCAAUACUUCGGGCUGAUUUCCUUUUUAGAAAAGUAAGAACUGGAAGUGUGUGAGCAUGGGUACCCAUUUGGUAGGUGAAAUGCGAAUGAUUGUGAAGAAGGGAGAGUUCGGUUGCUCCAUUAUGUUCAUGAUAUAAAGUGUUGAGCUGGAAUUUAUUAUAAGAAUGUAAAAUCUUAAAUUAUUAAUAAAUAACUAUUUUGGCUA